UUGUUUUACAGGUUCCAGAAUCUGCUGUGGUCUCGAAAAGCAUUUGUGGACAGUGUGAAGGUGUAUAACCACAGCUACAUCUACAUGCCAGCCUUCUCGAUGAAGACGGGGACAGGACCCUCCCUACGUGUCUAUUACACCCUGGAGGACUUUGGUGCCAAGCAGGCGGUCCUUUUCGCCAAUCCCAAUUUCCUGCGUGACAUUGGCAAGUUCUGGAAGAGCAAAGGUAUCCAUGCCAAACGGCUUUCCACGGGACUUUUCCUAGUCAGUGCUGCCCUUGGUCUGUGUGAAGAAGUAACAAUUUAUGGCUUCUGGCCGUUUUCGGUGGACCUGCACGGGAAGUUUAUUAGCCAUCAUUACUAUGACAAUGUCUUGCCCGAUUCUGGAUUCCAUGCCAUGCCGGAGGAAUUUCUACAGCUGUGGUUUCUUCAUAAAAGUGGUGUACUGAGAAUGCAGCUAGAACCAUGUGAGGACCCUUUAACCCAGUCUUCUGCCUGAGGAUCGUAGGAGUCGGUUUGGGAGAUCCAAUAGUUUUUAAUUUCCAUGCUCUCCAACAGAGAGUUCUGUUUUCUGUUGAUUCUUUUAAAAGGGAAAAUAAUCGUGGAUCUGCAUGGACCAUGAAAAUGCUACUUGAAGGCCAAAUGGAAUACGUCCUUAAUGUAUAGUGCUUUAUGGAACUCGGGGGGGAGAAGCGAAUCUCUCCAUCGAGUCCAUU